AUGACUACGCAGCUCUCGAACGACGCCGCUACCCAUACAGUCGAGGUAUCUAUCGACGGCAAGCCUGCCUCCAUCGGUUGCGACCAUGAGUUUCUCUUUGUCGUACGGGGCCGUUCGCGUCAGGCCGAUGACCUUGCAAGCAAAGCAUACGUGCGCGUGCCCCUCGCCCUCGUUCUCAACGCAUCCUUCGUCUCGGACUCAGAUGGUGGCUCGCUCCUCGUGCGCCUAUUAUCGCCGCCAGUACAAGCGCAGAGUCGACAGGCAACCGGUCCAUUCUCGCUCUUCAAAAAGGACAAGUUACCGCCAAAAUGUAUGGAGUCGCUCUCGCAACAAGCCUACGAUGCGCUGGUGCCAGCGGAGCGAUCCGAAAGACUACGGGAACAGCUCGAAGGGCCGUGUUCUAAUCUCCGCCUUGUCAAGAUCGAGGCGCGCGUCGUGUCCGUCAAAGAUGGAGCCGAUGUGGAAGCCAGUGCCCUGGCUUGGGUUGAUUUGGUCAUGAGCAGAGCCUACCGGCAAGUCAAGCCUUUCAAGCGCGUCAAAGUUCUCAUUAAUCCUGCCGGUGGGCCUGGAAAAGGUCGUCAGCUCUUUGAGAGCCGCGCUCGCCCCAUCCUCGAGGCGGCGGGCUGCAAACUCGACAUCACAAUCACAUCACACCGAAUGCACGGCGUCGAGAUCGCGCGUGACCUCAAGGUGGAAGACUACGAUGCGAUUGGUGUAGUCAGCGGCGAUGGUCUUCUGCACGAACUACUUAACGGGUUUGCGAUUCGCUCGGAUGCGACCAAAGCAUUGGCUCUGCCUCUGGCACCUAUUCCGGCCGGUAGCGGAAACGCCAUGUCCAUCAAUCUUCUAGGCGCACAGCAGGGAUUCAGUCUCGCGCUCGCGUGCCUCAACAUCAUCAAGGGUCGUCCUAUGAAGCUUGACCUGCUGAGCGUCACGCAGCCGGCUUCCGCAUUUGCUCCAGGUGCGCCGGUGCCCGGACGGCCGCUUGAACGAUCCCUUGGCAGACGCGGAGGAAAAGCCGUCCGGGAAGCGACAAUCAAUGGCGGUCCGAUAGCAGCCACGCGAGGCUCGCAAGACGUGGCAAGACUCAUCGACGCUCCCUCGAAGCCCUUCGUCCAAUACUACUCGUUCCUCUCUCAGGCUAUCGGCAUCCUCGCCGACCUUGACUUGGGCACUGAGCAUCUGCGCGCCCUUGGAGAUACUCGCUUCCUCAUCGGCUAUGCAACUUCGGUGUUGCGCAACGCAAAGUGCGAUGUUGAUGUCGAUAUCAAGCUUGGCGCAAGGGGAACUAAAAGCAGGGAAGAGAUGCGUCAACGAGUAAUCGACUUCUAUCACACCAGCCCGCCAACGACCGCCGACCAAAAUGGCAAAGACGACCACGCUGGGACUGCAGAGGCCACAAAUGGCAGUGACGUUGAAGGACAGAACGUUUCCGCAGACCAGAAUGGCCGAAAUGGCUCCGCUGUGGGGCUGCUUCAUGGCGACGUCACGGAAUCUCUUACAACAGAUGCAGGCCCGCCACCGCCGUUCGACAUGAGCGAUCCAUCGUGGCCGCAUUCUUUGCUCUCCAAGAAGAGCUCUGUACGACAGAUUGGCGCAACUCUGCAAAGCUCACAAGGAGACGAGCAAGGGUCGAGUUCAGGCUGGGUCCGCAUCCAAGAACCCAUUGCAAGCCUGUACGGUGGCAAGCUGCCCUUUGUCAGCCGUGACAUGAUGCAGUUCCCCUUUGCGCUCCCAAACGACGGCACGAUCGAUGUUGCCAUGAUCCUCCACACGGGAGGGCGGGUUGCCAAAGUUCCAGAGACUGGUUAUGCAGAGAACGGGCAGAUCGUGUACCAAAAGGCCAUGACCUAUCUCAAGGUCGAGGCCAUCCGCGUCACACCGAGACUCAAGGAAGGAGACAAGAAGCUCAAAAAUGGCGGACUUAUUAGCAUCGAUGGCGAAAAGGUGCCGUAUGCGGCCUUCCAGGUAGAGAUAGCGCAGGGCCUCCAGUACUCGGUCUUGUCGCUGUACGGUCGGUUCUGUGUACCCGUCGUGGAACCACCAGCAGCGUCGUGA